CACCGCCACUGCCUGGAACCCCAGCCGGAGCCCGGAGGUGGAUUCAGCUGCGGAAAACGCCUGAGGAGACUCGUGGGGUCGCGGGGUUCACUCCCCGUCGGGGGUCCCAACUUUCCCAGGAAGCUGCAGAUACAGCCACCACGUUCACCUGCUUCGUGGGUUAGGCUGUUUUAUUAUCACCCUGCUUAUGAGGAAACUGAGGCAGAACCCUUAAGUGACUUGUCUUCCAUUUAUAUAUCCAGGAGGACUUCUGUGAGCAGCCUCCAUGUGGACCUGGACCAGUGCAUGACCGCCCUGGAUCUCUUCCUUACCAACCAGUUCUCAGAAGCACUCAGCUACCUCAAGCCCAGAACCAAGGAGAGCAUGUACCACUCACUGACCUAUGCCACCAUCCUGGAGAUGCAGGCCAUGAUGACCUUCGACCCCCAGGACAUCCUGCUUGCCGGCAGUAUGAUGAAGGAAGCGCAGUCACUGUGUCAGAGGCGCCGGAGGAAGUCUUCUGUGACAGACUCCUUCAGCCUGGUAUACAGGCCCACCAUGGAGCAAUUCACGGAAGAGGAAAUGCAUGCCGAGGUCUGCUACGCAGAGUGCCUGCUGCAGAGAGCAGCGCUGACCUUCCUGCAGGAUGAGAACAUGGUGAGCUUCAUCAAGGGUGGCAUCAAAGUUCGAAACAGCUACCAGACCUACAAGGAGCUGGACAGUCUCAUCCAGUCCUCACAGUAUUGCAAGGCGGAGAGCUUCAGGCACUUUGAAGGAGGGGUGAAGCUUGGUGUGGGGGCCUUCAACCUGACACUGUCCAUGCUUCCUACCAGGAUCCUGCGGCUGCUGGAGUUUGUGGGGUUCUCAGGAAAUAAGGACUACGGGCUGCUGCAGCUAGAGGAGGGGGCGUCCGGGCACAGCUUCCGCGCCGUGCUCUGUGUCAUGCUGCUGCUCUGCUACCACACCUUCCUCACCUUCGUACUUGGUACCGGCAAUGUCAAUAUCGAGGAGGCGGAGAAGCUGCUGAAGCCUUACCUGAAUCGGUACCCCAAGGGUGCCAUCUUCCUGUUCUUUGCAGGGCGGAUUGAAGCCAUUAAAGGAAACAUUGAUGCCGCCAUCCAGCGGUUCGAGGAGUGCUGUGAGGCGCAGCAGCACUGGAAGCAGUUCCACCACAUGUGCUACUGGGAACUGAUGUGGUGCUUCACUUACAAGGGCCAGUGGAAGAUGGCCUACUUCUACGCCGACCUGCUCAGCAAGGAGAAUUCCUGGUCCAAGGCAACCUACAUCUACAUGAAGGCUGCCUACCUCAGUAUGUUUGGGAAGGAGGACUACAAGCCAUUUGGUGAUGACGAAGUGGAGUUGUUUAGAGCCGUACCAGGCCUGAAGCUCAAGAUUGCUGGGAAAUCCCUCCCCACCGAGAAAUUUGCCAUCCGGAAGUCCAGGCGCUAUCUGUCCCCCAACCCUGUCCCAUUGCCAGUCCCUGCUCUGGAAAUGAUGUACAUCUGGAAUGGCUACGCCGUGAUUGGAAAGCAGCCGGAACUCACUGAUGGGAUACUUGAGGUUAUCACCAAGGCUGAAGAGAUGCUGGCAAAGGUCCCAGAGAAUGAGUACUCCGUGGAUGACGCGUGCCUGGUGAAACUGUUGAAAGGUCUGUGCCUGAAAUACCUAGGUCGUGUCCAGGAGGCCGAGGAGAAUUUCAGGAGCAUCCCUGCCAAUGAAAAGAAGAUUAAAUAUGACCACUACUUGAUCCCAAAUGCCCUGCUGGAGCUGGCCCUGCUGUUCAUGGAGCAAGGCAGAAAUGAGGAAGCCAUCAGCCUCCUGGAUACUGCCAAGCUAAACUACAAGAAUUACUCCAUGGAGUCAAGGACGCAUUUUCGAAUCCAGGCAGCCACACUCCAAGCCAAGUCUUCUCUAGACAAUGGCAACAGGUCCGUAGUCUCACCAGUGUCUUUGUAGUUUUGUGCAGCACUCCUGGGCUAGAAGACCAACAGAGACAUCUGGACAAAACUCCUAGAAACAUUUCAAAAGAUCCAUCCCCCCUGCCCUGCCCUUGCCUUGCCUUUGGGGUGCACUGGUGCUCCCGUGGGAUGGCACAAGAAUAUCUGUGCACACGCAAAGCUGUCAGUCUCACCAGUGUGACCGUGGCAGAGCAGGCGCGGUGUUCUGCCUGCCCUAUCACACAUACGGGUACUUGUUUUUCACUGUGAUGUUUAAGAGAAUGUAUGAACAGUUUACAUUUUCCUUAGAAAUACAUUGAUGAUAUUAUAGUUGGCUUUAAAAAAAAGAAAACAAAGCAAAAAACCAGCCCACCUGUAAAGUCUUUGUUUUUACCCAGAGGGAUGCGAUAUAGAGGUAAAUCUCUUUACAUGAUGCCAACAUCCAAAUGGUUUUUCCAAUCUCAGGCAAGGUCUCAGCUCCCAAGCCUAGGACCCUGGGGAAAUUCUGAGAGGGUCUAGCUUGGAAGCUUCUAGAGUUGGACAUAGAGAUCACACACAGCCACCCACCAUUUUCCUCCUCAUGUUUAGUUUCCUUUAUUACUUCAUUAUAAACCAGGUAGGUCUUUUUAGUGUGAGAUGAGAUUUUUUAGUCUGUCCAUAAAAUCAAGUCACUGGGAAUGGAGAUGCCAAGGCUUGACAGAGGAGCUGUAUUGCUGUCUAGCUGCCAAAACUAGAAUGUUAGGUGGUGUGGGGGAGAACGUUCUCAGAAACCAGUCUGCCUCCUUGCCGUAUGCCAAAGUAAAACUCUCGGGAAUAACAUGAUCUAUAAAAAUCAACUGGCUGGGUGCCUGUGGCUCACGCCUAUAAUCCAUGCUACUAAGGAGGCUGAGAUCUGAGAAUCGUGGUUCAGAGCCAGCUUAGGCAAAUCAGAGACACUCUUGUCUCUAGCCUGCAAAAAGCUGAAAGUGGAGGUGUGGCUCAACUAAAGAGUAAAAAAGCUGAUCAAGAAUGUAAGGCCAUGGGCUGGGGAUAUAGCCUAGUGGCAAGAGUGCCUGCCUCGGAUACACGAGGCCCUAGGUUCGAUUCCCCAG